AUGAUGAAAAUGCUCCAGAAUUAUCAAUGCUCUAUUUAUUUGUCAAUUUUAACAAAUUAAAGCUGCUUUGAGCUAAUUAUUAAGUUAAAUAUCGAAUAGGUAUUUUUCUUCGGUUCUCAGAAGAAUUAUGAUAUAGGAGCUGCUUAAAUGCUUUAGUCGAUUACUAUUAAAUGUAAUUUUUACUUUCUUGUCAUUUUUUAAUUUAACUUUUUGAUUAUUUUAUCAUAAUAGUAUAUAGAAUUUCAAAUAAAAUAUUUUGUACCCAAUAACAUAAGAGUAGAAUUAAACAGAGGAUUUACUAUCAAGAUAAUGCUUUAAGGUACUAGCCAAUAUAUUGAAAAUAUAUAACAAGUAUAAGGAUAGAUGCUUGAUAAAAUGAAACACCCUUUAGAAUUUAGUUCAAAAAAAAUUGAGAUGUCCUCAAAUAAUACUCUUUAGACUGGCCAUUCUGGAUCUAUAGUAAAAUUGUGACAAAAAUGUUGAGAGAAAUAAAAUUUAAUUCAUCAAAAUUCAUUAAUUUCAUCAAUACCAUGAUUAAAUAAUU